UCGGCGUUAUUCAGAGCAGGUAUGAUGUCGCGCAGUACCGCAGAACUCAAAUGCCUAGCGGAUGGACGAUCGCCCUCGAGCUGAACUAUUAAGCUGCUAGCCUGGCCACUGUCGGAACUCUCGUCUUCUCCGCCUCACUUGCGCAUUAUCAUGGUGUUGAAGUUCCCAUUGAGUCUCCCUCGUUACACUCCGCUUCAGGAAGGAGGAGAGGUAGAAGAGAACAAAUGUGACAACGCACCGUCUACUUCUCUUGCCAAUGGCCUCGUUGUCCUUACCUACCGGGCAAUCUUCAUCUUCUCUGUCGUUUGGAUUCUGGCAACCGCUCUGAUCACUCUAAUUACUGUACACUGGCUCCAGAUACCAGCAUGUCAGUCGUCAAUCUCGGCCAUUCGCGCCGGGGAGUUUGUCCCUGCAAAAGACACCGCCCGGGUCAAGAACGUCCGUUUCACCGAGUCCUCAACAUUCAAUUUCACUGCAGUGCCACCACGGCAGUUUCGCGAGGACGUUCGGAUCUACGUUGGCGAGCCCAGUCCCGCGCUGGAUCGUAAUUGGGACGAUCUACUCGACAACCAGUACUUCUACAUCACCGAGCAAGAAGCGAGGAGUACAUGGGGGGAGGACUACCAGAAGUACUGGCGUGAUGAAGCUACUGGACAUUACAGAGUCGGGAUCGAUGUCCUGCACACACUGCAUUGCUUGAACAUAAUCCGCAAGGAAGUCUACAGUGACUACUACCGCGCUCGACCAUACCACGGCCUCACCGCCGAGCUGCAGCUCUACCACGUCGACCAUUGCAUCGACAUCAUCCGCCAGGGAAUCCAAUGCUCCUCCGACCUCACCCCGGUACCAGUCACCCGCUUCGAUCCCAUCACCGGCCAGCAAAGCGUCGAUUCGGAACACACUCACACCUGUCGAGAUUUCUCCGCAAUACGGGAAUGGAUGACACUGAAAGCGGAAGAGUCAAAGGUGUUGGAUCAAGAUAUUCUGGAGCGAGCAAAGGCAGGUGCAAGAAGCAAACCUUUGAACCCCAUCCACUCAUAAUGCUACAACGAAUCUACGAACCGCAAGCUUACAGCAUC